UCCCAUCACCUAUUCUUCUUUAUACAUCUCGAAUAGUCGAAGGAACGAUUUAGAUAAAAUCACCCUCUCUUCGUAGCAUAAACAAUCCUUAAUUCUUCGCCACAAUUCUGAUGUUUUUCCAUCAACCCAAAUAAAAUAUCAUUGAUACACAGAGAAAUUUUAUAGAAUUUGUGAAAGAUUCAUAUAAUGGAAAGUAGAAUAAAGAAAAAUGGGGGAGGAAACAGCAGUACGUCUUCUUAGCUUUCUUCGUUGCAGGACGUUUGCUGAAUAGUAAAUUUUACAAGUCUUUACAGUAACAGUAAGCAGAAAAACCCCAAAAACAGAGACAUGGAAUUGCUAACCUCUGUUCAUCAUAAAACAUCAUUUAUACCCAACUGUUGCAGGGCAAAUAGAUGUAUAGUUCAGAGUGGAAGAAGAAUUGUGAAGAGUUGCAAAGCCCGGGGCGAUGUCCAGGUGGCAAGAGUAGCAGCAAGACCUUUUCAAAUGGACCUACCAACUUCGGACACGCCAGCAGAGGGGAGCAUCAAAUGGGGUCAUACAAGGGUGCAAGGGCCAAGGUCAGAGAUGGAAGAUGAUAUAGUGUUGCGAGUGGAGGAGCAGGCGCUCAAUGGGUUUACUUAUGCUGCUGUCUUUGAUGGCCAUGCCGGUUUCUCUUCUGUUAAAUUCUUGAAGGAAGAAUUAUAUAAAAAAUGUGCAGAAGCCUUGCAGGAUGGCUUACUUUUAGAGUCCAAGGAUUUAGAUGCUACUAAGGAGGCAUUAGGAAAAGCAUUUUUAGAAGCUGAUAGGCAGCUCUUGUCCUGGAUCGAAGAAAUGGGCGAUGAUGUUGAAUCUGGCUCAACGGCAACCGUUAUGUUUCUCGGAGGUGAUAGAUUAAUAGUUUCCCAUAUUGGUGAUUCUUCUGUGGUGAUAUCACGUUCAGGAAAGGCAGUGGAGAUUACAAGUCCUCAUCGCCCAUAUGGAAACAGCAAAGUUUCUCUAAAUGAAAUUAGACGUGUUAAAGAGGCAGGUGGUUGGGUUAUCAAUGGUCGAAUUUGUGGGGAGAUCUCUGUCUCACGUGCAUUUGGGGAUAUGCGAUUCAAGACAAAGAAGAAAGAAAUGUUGGAGGAAGGUCUUCAAGUGGGGAAAUGGUCUCAAAAAUUUGUUUCCAAAAUCAAGCUCAAUGGUGACUGGGUUACUGCUUCUCCUGACAUAUACGAUGCACAGUUGGGCCCUGAUACUGAGUUUAUAUUACUUGCCUCCGAUGGUCUUUGGGAUUGCAUGAACAGUGUGGACGCUGUUAGGUUUGUUAGAAAUCAACUUAGACAACACGGUGAUGUGCAGUCAGCUUGUGAAGCACUUGCUGAUGCCGCUCUGAAACGAGAUACACAAGACAAUGUCAGUAUUGUUAUUGCAGACUUUAGGAGAAUACAACAGCAAGAUGGUCCUGAGGAAGAGCAGAAUUUGGGGAGUGAAAUCUUGCAAGCUGCUGCAACAGUUGCUAUUGUAUCCUUUGGAAUUUGGUUAUCCUCUGUCUUUGGCCAAGAGCUUGUGAGCUGAAGUUGUCUCAUAAGCUCUUCUCCUGUAAUUUAUCACCAAAAAAGUAUCUUUACUCCAUUUUGUAAUUGGAAUUCUUCAAUUGCAUUGUACUAAUAUUUCUCAUUUUUAUGUGGAGAAGAUUACUUACGUAUGUACCGGAUCAUCGUAUUUUGGGAAAUCUCCAUUUUUUUGGUAUGUAACCUCUGUUCAAACUGUCAAUUUAGUACUGUAAGGUGUGAUUAUUACCAAGUUUGUGCUGCCUUAAUUGCAUAUUGAAUAUUGUGGAAGUACACAAAAGGCAUAAAAUCUCCUAACAAUACUCUCGGUCUCUCCUAGUUCAUCAAACAUUAACUUGCUUGUUAUAGUUUCAUAUUUAUAAUUUUGGAAAGGCAUAUAUAGAAUAGUACAGGAGUUUUUUAAUGUCCA